AUGGCCAAGCUUACGUUCCCAGCCUAUGGAAGUAUCUAUUUUGCAAAUUCGGCUUUGCCAACAACAAACACUAAGCUUGAUCUUGGAAAAGGCUUCUGUUUAGGCCCGAGCUGCGGCCCACUAUAUUGGAAUUCGGCGGCCGGCGAGUCCGAGUUGUAUGGGCAGAAAAAUACAAACAAUGGUCCAUGGCCAAGUAUUGCAGAGUUUUGCGCUGGACUUAUCGAUACCGGACGCUCACGGAUACCCAAGUACGGAUCCUAUUAUCUUGGCCUUCCCUACCACGGAUCGCGUAGUGAACACAUAAAAUUAUUAGCAGAAACCGAAGCCAUCCUCACGCAACUGAUGCAUUUCCCUCCAAUCCUAGAAGCUGGCCUACCAACUCUUUUGCACCACGACCUUCGUAAAAGGAACAUUUACGUAUCCGAUCUGGAUCCCGCUGUCGUCACCGGCAUUAUCGACUGGCAGUCAACAAGCGUCGAGCCAGGCUCUAUGUACGCAAAUGAAAUUCCUGAUUUCACGACUUUCAACUCUGGGUCGCCAUUUUCGGCCGCGGCUGUCACGCAGAACCAACCACCUUUUCCAGAAUCUGACCAACAAUCGCGGGACCGCAAAGAUGCCAAGAUUUGCCACACAACAUAUGAGGGCUCUGGACCAGACGCUAUCGCGACCAUUCCUCCACGUGCAACUUCUUGGCGUGACAGUGCUACAUCAGUGCGACAGGAGCUCAUCAAUGUUUCGCAGAAAUGGCAGGAACUUGGCCUACCGGGCGAGUGUAGCUACUGGCCGAGUGAGGGGGAGCUGAAGGAGCACCAGAAGCACUACCAAGACUUUGAGACGGCACAAGAACUCAAAUCAAGGCUUAUGGACAUGCUCAACACGACCUCGGAUGGCUGGGUGCCAAACGACGCUGCGAAGCCUGCACUGGCAGCAAAUCUUGCUGCCCUCGAUGAGUGGAUGAAAUCCGCCGUGGAGUCAGGGGAUAUGAGUAGAGAGAAAGCGGAGGAACUGUGGCCUUUUAACGAGGCGUUACCGAUUUAA